AUGAUAUCGCCACGUUGGCGGCAAAAGAAAUGCAUUUGCAACAAAGAAUUACUCUUAAAACAGAUCACGGAUACACCAAAGAAUCUGAGGUGCACCGAAAUCAAUCAAAUCAGACUUAACCUAUUUACCGAAAGGAAUUCUGAUGGAACUGGAUACCUUGUGCUCAGAGGCAAAGAUUUACACGACAGAUAUAAAAGAAGAAUUAACGACGGUGAUAUCAGAGCCAUAUGUCUUUAUAUCAGGGAAUCUCCAAAGAUUAUAACGAAAUUAGAUUUGUGUUACAACAAAAUAACAGAUCUGGGAUUCUAUAAGAUCUUAAAGAAGUUAUUGAUAAAGGGACGGUCUAGCGUCAUCAAUUUGAAUAUAAUGAAGAACGAAUUGACCGAGAAAUCAUUGCUUUAUCUAUCCAAAUACGCUAAAUUAAUAAAGCUUAAAUAUUUGAGGUUGAAUGGUAAUGAUUUCGGCCCAAAUGGACCAGAAUAUUUUGCUAGUUUUCUCAGAGAUUCUAAAAGUCUUGAGUAUUGUGAUAUAGCUGAGACAGACAUAACGCUUACUGGUGUAGCUCAUUUGAUAACAGCAUUGAGAAUAGAUCACGGAGCUAAUACUACUUUGAAAGUGCUAGAUUUUAGUAGGAUCGUGCCACUUUUCAACCGAUACUCGUACGAAACCAAAUGGCUCGCGUAUCACAUAGAAUAUUUACUUGAAAGAAACUCAACUAUCAUUGAGUUACAUUUGCAGAAGAAUGAAUUUCUGCCUCACGAUGUGGAAUAUAUUGCUAGAGGUCUGAGAAGGAAUAAUACGUUACUUUAUCUUGAUCUUGGUUAUAAUAAAAUUGGUGAUUACGGAAUUGAAUUACUAGGUAAAUAUCUAGCUGAGAAACCUUCGUUGAUACUUCUGAAUGUUGCUGGGAACAGUAUAAAUAACACCGGAGCUAGAGCCUUGAGUUUCGGCAUGGCGUUUUCCAAAUUGAGAGCAUUGGACAUUUCUAAUAACAGGUUGACAGAUCGUGGAGUCUUAGAUAUACUGAAUACACUAAAAAAGCCGUACUUCUUGAGAUUUCUGAACAUAUGGGGCAACAAAUUUGGUCAUGUAACUUGUGAGGUGAUGCAGAGGAUGUUGGAAAGUGGAGCGCUGUUUCAGCAUACGAUCGAUGUCUCUAUAUACGAAGUUGAUGAUGUUUUACAUGCCGCUUAUUAUCCAAAUCCAGCGGAUAGGAAUAAACAUCUAUAUUAUUGUGAACUAGAUUAUGGAUACGCAUUACCCAUAUGCCAUAUCAAGAGGAAUGUUUUAGAUGACAGGAAGAAAGUCAAAGUGGACUGCAAGCAAAGGCAUAGACUAAACAAAACUAACAAAUACGAUUUUUGA